AUGUACGGUGAGGCGAUUCUUCUGAUGGCACUAGCCGCAGCUACCGCUUAUGCCAGCGUCAUCCCGUUCUCCAUGAGUAACCUUCCAGAGGAAUACAAAGAAUUUGUGCCGGAAGAAGUGAAAGAUUUCUACAAGGAUCUGUCACCGGAGGACAAGCAGGUGCUUCGAGACCUGGCCGGCAGGCAAGCAUCGUUUGCGAACGAGGAUGCCGCUCUGGAAGCGCUCAAGGAGAAAUCGCCGAAACUGCACACCAAGGCCAUGGCGCUGCGAAACUUCCUCAAGGGCAAAAUUGAUAGUCUGAAGCCGGAAGCAAAGACUUUCGUCGAAGAGAUAAUAGCGAAAGCGCGAUCACUGCGGCCGGCGGAAGGACAAAAACCCGACUUGGAGAAGAUCAAGCAGACAAUUCGUGAUGUGAUUGACAAGUACCAAGCACUGGGCCAAGAAACCAAGGAUGAACUCAAGACAGUGUUCCCGCACACAGCCAAAAUUGUAGCCAGUAAGUUUCACAUCCUUGCAUUAGAAAUGCGGGAAAAAAGCGGCUAUUCUAAAAAAAUGCAUGGCUCAGACAAAGCAAAAUCAGUUGUGGCUCGAAAGGUGUACUUUUUAUGA